CGUAUGCAUUGAUGUAAUUGUAUAGAAAAGUCGACAACGACAACGACAACGACGACGGCAACGAAGAGAAAUUCGUGGGCGACGUGGGACGAUAAAAAACCGUGUAACAUUCUUUUCUACUUUUUUUCAUUACGGUAUCGAUCUUUUACAAAGCACUAAACUAUCAUUAUGUUAUUAAGACGUUUCUUUGAACGAGCACGCACUCGUUCUUCCAGUGAUAACAACAAACGUGAGAAUUAUUAUUACUUAUCGAAUUUUUUUUCUUAUCAUAUAAAAUAAAUAUUUCAUUUAUGUUUUAAUAAUUAUUUAGAAAUAUGUUUAUGUACAACAGCUAAACGAGAUUCAUUGUAUGAUGAUUCAGUGAGAUCAUUAACGAAAAUAAAUGAACGACCAACAGCCGAACCAUAUGGCGUCAUUCGUACGGAUAAACCAAAGCGACUGAUGCGUCAGGCAAGUUUAGAUGAAUCUGAUGGUGAAGAUGAUACAAGUAUUACUGAAAAAUUACGUCGUGCAUCAUCACAAUCACCAGCAAAUAUUCCGAUGUUAGUUGUAGUUUCAUUUAAUCCUGAUGCAAAAGGUUUACAAAAAAAACAAAUUGAAAUUCAACGAGGUUUUCCUGUUAAUGCUCAAUAUAUUUUAAAUGAAUGGUUAUUUAUAAAAACAGCUGAUGAUGAAGAAGGUUUUGUUCCAUAUUUAUGUUGUCGUCCAAUGUUUCGUCGUCAAUUAACAAAAUGUUCGAAUAAUAAUAAUAAUAAUAUGGAAAAUUCUUAUAAACCUUAUGAUUUUGAAUUAAAUAAAUCUAAUCGAAUAAAAUCUCCACCAAUAAAUCUCGUAACAUUAACACCACCAACAAAUAAAAAAACUUCUUUAUCAGCACAUCUUUGUUCACCAACAUAUUUAUUUCAAAAAUCUUCACCGUGUAGAAAACGUCCAGAUGUUGCAUCAUCAUCAUGUGGUGGUGAUUCAGGUGUUUCAGAUUGUGAAUCCUCAUCAAAUCAUAAUCCAACAUUAGAUUCAUCAACAACACUUACAGCACGUUUAUCAAAUAUACGAUCAUUACGUUUAUCAUCUAUUACAUUAAAAAAAAACAGGUCUUAUUGUACAAGAUAUUCCAUUAAAAAAAUCAUUUAA